ACCAGGAGGAAAGGGUGGAGUCAACAAGGAGGGUUGCUUCAUUUCAAGCUGUCAUCACAUUGAAAAAUCAUUUCAACUCUGAAGUAGUGUAGCUGGAAAGGCAAAAUGACACAGCCACUGCAUUAAAUUAAAAGUUGGAACUGUCUUCUUGGGAAGGUGUCAUGAUGGAUGCUUGCUCAACUAAGUCAUGUGAUUUUAGUACUGCUGAGAAGAUUGAGAUUGAGACCAUCAAGAAGCAUAAGAAAGAGCUACUGGAGGAUAUCCAGAGGCUAAAAGAUGAAAUUGCUGGAGUAUUUGAAGAGAUUGAUUGUUUCCAGCAAGCACAAACAAGCAAAAUGAUCCAGAGGGACAAAGAUCUAUGCAUUGGAAGGAAGAAAUUUAACAUGGAUCCUACUAAGGGCAUCCAGUAUCUGGUUGAACACAAAGUGUUGUCUUCAAAUAUUGAAGAAAUUGCCAAAUUUCUUUACAAAGGAGAAGGACUCAAUAAGACAGCCAUUGGAGAUUAUCUGGGACAGAGGGAUCCAGUGAAUCUACAGGUUCUACAGGCCUUUGUGGAAUGUCAUCAAUUUGCUAAUCUUAAUCUUGUGCAAGCACUAAGACAGUUCUUGUGGAGUUUUCGGUUACCUGGAGAAGCACAGAAGAUUGACCGUAUGAUGGAGGCCUUUGCCAGCUGGUAUUGCCAAUGCAACCCUGGAGUUUUCCAGUCAACAGACACCUGCUAUAUCCUCUCUUUCUCCAUCAUAAUGUUGAAUACCAGUCUGCACAAUCCCAAUGUCAAAGAGAAGCCCCCCUUUGAGAGGUUUAUGUCUAUGAACAGAGGUAUCAACAAUGGAGAGGACCUUCGUGAAGAUCUCCUGAAGAGUCUAUUUGAUAGCAUCAAGAAUGAACCAUUCUCCAUUCCAGAAGAUGAUGGAAACGAUCUCACCCACACUUUCUUCAACCCAAGUCGAGAAGGUUGGCUUCUAAAACUAGGAGGCAGAGUGAAGACCUGGAAACGCCGUUGGUUUAUUCUCACAGAUAACUGCCUCUACUACUUCGAAUAUACCACGGACAAAGAGCCUCUGGGGAUUAUUCCGCUGGAAAAUUUAUCUAUUCGGAAAGUAGAUGACCCAAAGAAACCAAAUUGUUUUGAGCUCUUCAAUGCAAACUGCAAAGGACAGAAGAUCAAAGCCUGCAAGACUGAUGGGGACGGGAAGGUAGUGCAAGGCAAGCACCAAUCCUACAAGAUUUCUGCUGCUUUGCCAGAGGAACGUGACCAAUGGAUUGAAGCAAUACGAACCAGCAUCACUCAAGAUCCUUUUUAUGACCUGGUUGCUGCACGUAAGAAAAAGAUUGCCAGCAAAAAGUGAGCUGUCCUUUUCAUCACUGCAAGAACAUGGAUAUAGUGGAUGUCCACCAUUAAAAAGAAUUCAAAAUCCAGACCUUCUUCCUGUCUGAGAAACGGGAAACAACAGCCACCUAUUUUCUGUCUAUUCAAUGACUGACAGCAUAAUAAAAUGCCUCUUCUUUCCUCUCUUAGAGCUGAAGAAACAGAUAACAUUGCAGGAGUUAUGACUCAAUUUCCCUUACCAGUAACAGGCAACAUUUACCAGCUCUGGAGCAAGUUUGGGAUAUUUUUAUAUAUCAAUUAAUGACCUGGGUUUAAAAAAAAAAACCUAGGAAGAAAGGCAUCUUCCCUGGAAAUGGCCAGAGCAGAUGCCUAGUUUUGGGAAUAUUUGAAACAGGAAGACUUUCAUAAAUGAAUUCCUGCCUGAUAUGUUGUCUUGGGAUAUCUGAAAUAAUUAUGCAGCCUGAGUUAUGUAGUAUGCAAUUAAUUCAUUCAUUUGGAAGAACAGAAUGAAGGACAAAGGCUACCAAAUGAGUGGAAAGGAAACAAUAUAAUGCACCAGAGCCUUGCCAAUGCAAGUGUGUAUAUAUAGUUGGCUUUCUGAGCUUGUCACAUAGCUCCUUUGAGCCUCUGAACUUUUGCCAAGACUACCAUAAGACAGGCUUCUCAGGACAGAACCCUUAAGCCACGAUCUAGCUCUGGAAGAACCAUCCAAGAAGUGAUACAUUCUUAUAUUUUUCAAGCUGACUGCCAGUAAUCGAGAAGAAUGAAGAUAUCCAUAAGAAAAGGUUAUUUAUUUCAUUCUUACCUAGAGUUGAUGGUUCACCUGGUGAAGAGCCAGGUUUGGAAUGAUUGGUGCCUGGGUAAUAUUUUUGGGCUGUUGCAGUCCAGUCUGAGCUCCAUAGAAAGACACAAAUUCUAGACUUGUGCAUAGAUCCGUUUUAGCUGUUUUACUUCAGCCAAACCAGCUCCCUUGGCUCUACCAGGUGGCCAUAAUGGCAAGGGCCUAGCUGUCAUGUUUUCCGGUCCAUAACAGGGCUGUGUGGCAGCCAAUCAUGGCUCUUCCUCCCCUAUUCAGCAUCACAGUUGCAUCCUGGUUUCUGUGUAUUUUGUUACCUCUCCUCUAGAGUAGAAAGUAGAAACAUCUUUAAGGAAGCAUUAAACCCAAAGCAGAAAGACGUGGCGGAGGGGGGGGGGGGGAAGGCAGGCAGGGCAUGCAAUGCUGCCUUCUUAAAAUGCCUUAAUGGAAAGCUGAAUGCAGGGAGAGCAGGGAGGGAGCGCGUGUGCUGCCGUCUGUCUCCUCUAGAGUAGAAAGUAGAAAUAGCUUUAAGGAAGCAUUUAACCCAGGUCUCCUCUACAGACCAAAGGGAAUGGAUCACAGAAAGAUUGGUAUAUUAACUCUGAUGCUUUUUUAAUCCAGGUCUUAAUAAAGGAUAUAAGGACAAACAAUGCCAUUGCCUAAAAUGAUGGGAAGGGGAGCCUGGGGAGCCGCCCUUGCAUUGCCACCAAUGGGCCAGGUCUAGCCAUAUUUAUCAGCUAGAUCAUUGGUUCAAAAAUUCCAUCUGGCUGUGUGCCUAUUUUCGGAAUGUGUGAGAAAACAGAUAUGGGGGACUACCAGUAUCUGGCCAACAGAAACGGAUCAAGGUUUAGCCAAAAUUUACAAGCCUAAUGAAUGUAUGUUCUAUUCAGUCAGAACUGUGUUGUCACGCACAUUAUUCCCUCUCCAUCUCAAAUUUCCUAUAUGGAAAAAAAUGAAUAUAAGAAUAAUGGUGUGUUACUGUGAAAAUGAACUGGAUUAUUGUGAGAUGUAUAACUUCUCCAUAAAUCAAGGCUUGCAGAAUCUCAUUUUUUCUUCAUAGAAUCAAGAUACAGGUUAUCUCUGAGCAUGUGCUGAUUUCAGAAAUAUGUGACUGAUGCCAUUCCCACAUGCUCACUUACCUUUGCUUGCAGUAUUCACUCCAGUAUUAUUUUUCAGUAAUUUAAUUUGGGUAAAUAAAUCUUGUUUUUCAAUUGUUGUUAUUUUCAGAAGUCCUUACAAAUUUAAAUAAUAAUUACCCAAAGAACUACCUGUAGAUCCCAAACUAUCUUCUGCCCCGCCUGGUGUCAAGCACUUUGUAAAACAAAUAGGAGUUAUUUUAAAAAAUUAAAUUUAAAUUGAAUGUGCCUAUUUGAAGAGAUAGAGAAAACAAAUAAGGGUGUUUUUGUCAAACAAUGGAAUAAUGCCAAUUUUUCUUUGUAAAUAAAAUCAAAGAAGAAAAUAUCCUGCAGAUUUUAUACUUUCUGUAUCUGUUUUGUUUCAUUUCAUCAACCCCAAAUAGAGAUGGUGGGACCGGCUGUAUCUGUAGUCCUUUCUCUGCAGCAGAGGCUUUGCUCAUUUAAUCUCAGCUACAUCAAUUGACGAGGCACAUGGUUUAUUUGCCAGAUGUCUCAAGUUCAGUUCUUGGCAUCUCCAAACAAAGCUGGCACAGACCUUUGUCUGAAGCCCUGGGAAUCUGUUGUCAGGCAAAGAUAACACACUAUUAGAUAGACCAAGGAACUAAUGAUGUUUUACAGCAUAUUAACACAGAUUUAUUUAUUCAUUACUUUCAUAUUGCUUCUGUACCAUUGGAUAAAAUAAAAUAUCCAAGCUGUUUAUACUGUAAUGGUUGGUACAGGAAUAAAAUCAUUAUGAAAAGUGAUUUUAAUAUAAUAAAUGAAUAAUAAAUUAUUGAAAUAAUAAAAAUAGCCAUCAUAACAGAGCAGGCAUAGCUUGCCUAGAUGUCUUGAAGUCCUACAUCACAGGGCCUUAAGCCCUCUUUUGCAGUUUCAAUACCAGGAAGAAUCUCAUGGUAUGAGCAUUGCCUUGAAAAAUCUAUGUGUGCUCCUCACUUGUUAGACUUGGCAUUUCUAUCAGAAUGGCACAUGCAGUGUAAUGGCACAUUGCUUACGAUGUCAUAAUCAGGUAAAGCAUUCUUGUAACACUCAACCUUAAAACACCUCUAGGGUGUGUUCCCCAGGGUGUCAAAAUGAUAGGUCACAGGGUCACUGAAAAUCUUGUCCUGUCAAACUUAUAGAAGGCAUGUAUGAUCAAAUAUUAUUUCAAUAAAUCUCUCAAACUACACUGGGAAGAGUGGUGCUGAGGGGUGAGCAUUGUCACUGGGAAGAUCUUCCUUCAUGAUGUGGCCCAGUAAUGUAAUGCUGGUUGCAGAACAACCAAUAAGAUCUGCAUUGAGGGUGACAGGAAGUAUAGGGGAAGUCUCCUAGACUAGACAUAGUUUAAGGCAGUUUAUUUAUUUACGACAUUUCUACCCUGACUUUUUCAACUUCGGAGGGGACUCAAGGCAGCUUUACACAUAGGCAACUAUUUGAUGCCUUAAAAACAAUGUACAAUUCAAAUGGACAUUAAAAGAGAAUUAUAAAAUACAUUAAAACAUUUAAAACAAUACAUUCACAAUUAAUCACAUAAUCCAUAAGUGUAAUCCAAAUGCAAUAGACAUCAUUCCAUAUAUGUCUAUUGCACCAAUUCUCCAAAGGCUUUGUCACAAAGCCACAUUUUCAGUCUCUUAUGGAAGAUCACAAGGGAGGAGGCUGAGCUAAUAUCUCUGGGGAGGGAAUUCCACAGCCAAAGGGCCACCACUGAGAAGGCCCUGUCUCUCAUCCCGUCCAAUCUUGGCUGUGAGAGCAGGGCCUCCCCAGACGAUCUCAAACUCCAAGAUGGUUCAUAAAGGGAGAUAUGUUUGGACAGGUAAGCUAAGUUUCCCAUGUUACCACCUGUUUAUAAAUUAACUUGACUUUACACCAAGAUGCAGAAGAUGUACUCUAUAGCAUAAAAAUAUUACAUUUAGAUCUCCAUUGCAAACGUCACCUCAGCCACUGGAUGAACUAAAUCAAGUCCCUUAUUUCUUCCCUGAAGAUAGUAGCCCUGUGCAGCACUGAUUCAGAUUGGAACAAGAAUACUGUAGGAGUGAAAGGUUAACUGCUCCACAAUGACAUGGUGGCAAUCCAUCUUGGGAGUUCUCCAUGGCUGUUUUAAAAACCAGCCAAGCAAAAGCUGAAGAUAUAAAUUUCGUGCUGCUUAAUUUGUUCCUUGGAUUUAGUUCCCCAUCAUUUGCAAAAUUGGAAUUUUAUCAACUGAUCUUUCAGGAUAAUUAUCAAAGCAUGCAAUAGAAGGAUAAUGAAACUAACAAAAAUUCUCUAGAAAUUAUAACUAAUAUUGAUUAUAAUCAAGGCUGUACGUGUGUUCAAUACCAUAUCAAUAAAGUUAAAAAUCAUGCUACUAAGUACAACGUGAAGUGCAUUCAGGUUUGAUGAUACAAAAUCUCUAUUUCUGUUUCUAUUAGAAGCAGGUUUGUAGGCCUCCUGCUUAUAAAGACUGUCUUGAAAACAUGAAAAUACCACCCAAGAAGGGUUAGUAUAGGUUUAGGUUGCAGGGCUGCAUUUUCUCCUUGGAGUAUAGACCUAGAAAUUUGUCAUUGUCAGGAGGCUGAGUUUCCUACUCUCCACUGGCAUUCUUGUUUCAUUCUGUUUCUAUAUUAGCUUGUGAGACUCCUCUCACUGCCAAGAAAUUUAUUUAUAUUUUGUGCAUGUAAUUUUGUUCUUUGUGAAAAUUCCAGCAAUUUUCCUACACAUUUUAUGGUAAAAUGUGUAUUUUUGGGCAGACUUAAAAGGAUUUCACUAAAUUUCUUAAAUGUAUGCAUGGGCUUGCACACCUUCCUUUAAACCCCAAAUGCAUUACAAGUAGAACAAACGUUCAGCUUUUCUGAGAUAAGCUCUUAUCCAUUCCAUAGGGAGUCUCAGGACCUGCUAAACAGGUCUUUCCACAUUGAAAUGUGCAUCCCACACAUUUCUCCAAAUACCUUGUGUGGAUUAACAUAAUCCUGAUCACAAUAUUCAUUAUGCAGCGGUGACCUGAAAAGCAGAGAGAAUGUAAGUACAGGAAGCAAAGACGAUCAUGGCAAUGCACCUCCCUUUUCUUGGCUAUUCUUGAUUUGCCAAAUAGGUUUCCAUAUCUUAGGGUCUCAAGGCAAUGGGGAGAAAAUUCAGGGCAAGAGCACUGUCUUUAAAAAUGUCUAUCUGUAUUUGCUUCAUUUGUUAGACUGUGAUUUUCUUAUUUGAAUGGUAUACUCUGUUUAAUUGUAAUUGUUUAAUUGUAAAAGCAUCAUUAAAGCACCAGGACGUGUCCUCCACAACAUCAUAA